AUGACCAAGAGAUAUCUCCUGUUCAUGGUCCAAGUUCACCUGAACUUCAGAUUGGCCGAACUGGAGUCACUGGCAGAUAUGUUUGGCCUAACGACAAUCGACUUUAGCCAGUAUGACGAGGAAUCGCCUUUUUUUGUGGUGGAGCUUGAAAAUGACCAGCAGGCCCGCGAGUGGAUCUCAAGAUCUAUCCUCACUCGAGCCAUCUACGAGUACUGGGGACAGGGCAGCAACUACGAACAACUACACCUAGAUGUGCAAGAAAAUCCUCUCUACCUACAACUUAAGCAGGAGUAUCGUGAGUCGUCGUUCAAGUUCGAGUUUGACAGUUUCGGAGGUAGCUCAGCAGGGAAACUUGAUCGGGUGGCCUGCAUCGAGUCCUUUAAAUACCUGGAUUUCCAAGGUCCUAUCCGGAUGAAGAAUCCUGAACAGAUUUUUACCGUUAUUGAAGAAUACGAGCCAUUAAGCGACAACCAAGCCGGAGAAACCCCCUUGCGUUUGUUCUUCGGGCGCGAGGUUCAGCGCAGCGAUCGCUUUCGCGGCGCCCUGGAGAAAUACGACCUCAAGAAAAGGCCUUACAAGGGCACCACCAGCUUUGAGGCCGAACUGUCCUUGGUGAGUGCCAAUAUUGCUCAGGUUAAACCCGGUACAUUUAUGUACGAUCCCUUUGCUGGUACAGGGUCCUUCCUGACUGCAGGGGGUCAUUACAACGCGAUGGUUAUCGGUUCAGAUAUCGAUGGACGGAUGAUAAGAGGCAAAGGCUCGCAGACUAUAAGGGCCAACUUCAAGAAAUACCAGGACUCGUUACAGUUCUUGGAUGUUUUGACUAUGGAUUUCACACAUAAUGCCUUGAGAAAAAAUUUGAUAAUAGACACCAUCUUAUGUGAUCCACCUUAUGGAAUUCGCGAGAGUAUUAAAGUUCUUGGUGCUAAGGACCCGGAACGUUUUAUUGGUAAAGAAAACGUGGAGAUCAAUGGGCAAAAGGCAUAUCUGUUACGCGACUACAUUCCUACAAAGAAACCUUACUCUUUAGAUUCUUUGCUUGAUGAUCUAUUGCAUUUUGCUGUCGAAAGGCUGCCCAUCGGUGGUAGGCUAGCGUUUUGGAUGCCUGUAGCCAAUGACGAAAAUAUAGAAACAGUGAUACCGAUGCAUGCUGACCUCGAACUCAAAUACAAUUGCGUGCAGGAAUUCAAUAAAUGGUCUAGGCGUUUGCUGGUGUACAUUCAAAGAGGAGCUGAUUACAAUGGACCCACUAACAUGGGCUCGGAGAGGUCCAAGGAAAGAUUCCGGGAUCGUUACUUCAGUGGUUUUAAUUAA